AUGACAGACACACGUUCGCCCACUCCGCAUACAUUAGUAUCGGAGCCACUCGUUACCGAAGCACCAAUUUCUGGCGCUUCACCUUCUAUCUGCUCGGAAUCGUCGCACGUUCGUCAUUCACCUCAAGAUCCAUUACAAAUUAUUCUCCAACGAAUGGCAGAACAAACGCAAGUGAUGAAUGAAAAAUUCGAGCAAAUAUUAAAACUGCAACAAGAUCAAGCAGGAAGGAUGGACGAACAAUCGUUAAGACAGGAAGAAAUAAUUCGGACGAUAAAAGAAAUAGAAGGGAAAAUAACUCCACCACAGUCUGCUGCAAAUUCACGACCCCAUUCUCGUGGUACAUUUACCAAUGAGGAAAUAAUGGAGGAUCGACGAGAUUCAUCACCAAGUCAACAAAAUUUACAGCAAUUCUAUCGAACAUCUCAAGAUCAGUCGCCAAAUCAUUCCGCCCGUCAUUACAAAGAAUCGCCAGACUAUAUCCCCUGCAACAAAGUGCAACGUUACCCUCUUCACGAACCGUCGUCAAAGAAUGAUGCGUUUCGACAAAGUUCACCUACAUAUUCGCACUAUUCCGUCGAUUCGAGACCACCAAAUCAAAGAAUAAUCGAUAUGUACGAACAAGAAUUUCAACGUAUGCAACAACUAGUCGUGAAACAAUCUAGGACUAUCGAAGAGCUAUCGCAAUCGGCAUUCACCCUUUCGCUAUUACCACAUAAUUCGUUAACACCGUUAGUUACUCCCCAACAAAGCACAAUGACAGGAAAUGGUUCAGGUGCUUCAACAGUAUCAGUUCCCGUAUAUCAUAGUCCUCCAACCAGCGAAUCGACGGGAACGUUUCAUCCUAUAGUCAGAGCUUCAGUAGCUAAUCCACUCGUACCGCCAGUUCAUGUGACACCAACACCAAAAAUAACGACGUUUCCAUUCAUGAUGUCACUUAAUAACAAUCUUCUAACCUUUCGAGGAAAAGCCGAAGAUAUGUCAUCAAAGUUCAUUACGGAUUUCGAACUUCGAGCAUCUGGUUUAGUAGGAGAUGACGAUGAAGCGUUAUUACGUGCUGUCCGUCAAUUGCUAGCAGAUUCCGCACUCACGUGGUUUGGAUAA